AUGUCCACGAAGACGCAUCCAGUCGAGGGGUCAGACGUUCAGCCAUUCCAGGACGAUAACUCUGUUGUCAUGGAAAGCCCAUCUGUGGAAGCAGAGGGAGGCGUCAAAGAGACUAUCAUCAACCCGCCCGAACAAGAAUCCGUACCUAGGAUAUCCUUGAACUGGACACUCGACCCAACACCCCACUCCUUCAGUACUGAACUACCGCCUACAAUAUGUCUGAUUUUGACUUCUCAUGCCAACAAGCCCAUCACGAUCUACAACGAAGCUCUAAAUCCCAGUCGCCUGCUCUCCGAAGGCAAGUUUCCAAUCUUUGACCAGACCGAUAACAUCGAGGUUCCGCACAGGAGAAGAAUAUACUGCGACUUCGAGCCGCCAUCCAAGAUCAAAGUGCCGCUACGAGAGAAGCUAUUUCAUACCCUGUACCCGGCUGUACCCGGAAGUGUCUCUCGUGCUUGCAACCCCUUUCGGGCCAACCAACUGGGCCCCCAAACCCUUCUCGGAGGGCUACAUCAAGCCAGGAGUCGAGCUUCCGAAAAGACGCGCUUACGGGGUGGACGGGCUCAAGCCAGGCCAUCAUUACAGCUUGCGAGCGGGACAAGGCUGGGGUUGGAUCCGGUGGUGGGAGUACGGGGAGAAGGAAGAGGUCAUGAAUCCGCCAAGUGGGAAACUCGACGGCAGGAAAGUGGCAUAUCGUCACUCGAAGAACCCUCACCCACCCAUCAGACCUGA